AUGUACGCAGAAAAUAUUUGCGAUUCUCUUCCACCUGCUAUGGAAGAUACUCACAACGUAUCUGUGAAAAAUUCAGUCAAUAGGUAUAUGGGAACCACUCUCCCCAGGAUAUCAAAAUCAGAUCUUGUUUUCUCCUGGGCAGACAGUAAAGGCUGUUUCAGACAAGUCAUCAAGACUAAAUUAUUUCAGCUGAGACUAAGCGGGUAUGACAUGAAAUUAAACGUGGAAGCCAAGGUCAGAGAAGAGGGAACAGGGGAAGAACUUAGAGAAGAAAGACCUGCACUUCACCAAGAGAGGAGAAACCACCGUCCAGCUGAGGGCGUGAAAGAGAUGGUCCGGAAGUAUUUCCCUGAGACCUGGAUCUGGGACCUGGUGCCACUCGAUUCAUCAGGUAGCAGUGAGUUGGCAAUCAAGGUCCCUGAUACAAUCACAAAGUGGAAGGCCAGCGCACUCUGCUUGUCUAACAAAACAGGACUUGGCCUCUCCCCCAUCAUCUCUCUUCAAGUCUUCCAGCCCUUCUUCCUAGAACUCACGCUCCCUUACUCUGUCGUGCGAGGAGAAGCCUUUACCCUCAAAGCCACUGUGUUCAACUAUUUGUCCCACUGCAUUCGGGUUAGCAUGGAGCUAGAGGACUCUCCUGCCUUCUUGGCUGUCCCAGUAGAGAAGAAUGAAGAAUCUCACUGUAUCUGUGGAAAUGGGCAGAAAACUGUGUCCUGAGCUGUGACCCUCAAGUCACUGGGGAAGGUGAAUUUCACAGCGACUGCAGAAGUCCUACAGUCUCAGGAAUUGUGCGGCAAUGAGGUGCCUAAAGUCUCAAUGUUUGGACAAAAGGAUACUGUAAUCAAGCCCUUAUUGGUUGAGCCUGAGGGAAUAGAAAAGGAGGAAACUUUCAACACACUCCUCUCAACUGGAGUACCUGAAAAGUUGUCACUAAAAGUUCCUUCAAACAUGGUCGAAGGCUCUGCCAGAGCAACGUAUUCAGUUUUGGGUGAUAUACUAGGCUUUGCAAUGCAGAAUCUUCAGAAUCUUCUCCAGAUGCCCUAUGGUUGUGGAGAGCAGAAUAUGGUUCUUUUUGUCCCUAACAUCUAUGUUUUGAACUAUCUGAAUGAGACACGACAGCUGACAGAAAAAAUCAAGUCCAAAGCCAUCAGCCAUCUUAUCAGUGGGUACCAACAACAGUUGAAUUAUAAGCACAACGAUGGUUCAUACAGUACCUUUGGGGAUCGUGGUGGUACAAGUCAUGGAAACACUUGGCUCACUGCAUUUCUGCUUAAGGCCUUUUCUCAAGCCCGGUCACACAUCUUUGUGGAGGACUCACACAUCACGAAUUCCCUCACCUGGCUCUCACAGAAGCAAAAGGAAAAUGGCUGUUUCCAGCGCUCUGGAUCACUGCUAAACAAUGCUAUUAAGGGUGGAAUAGAUGAUGAGGUGACGCUCUCUGCCUACAUCACCAUUGCUCUGCUGGAGAUGCCACUGCCUGUCACUCACCCAGUGGUCUGCAAUGCUCUAUUCUGCUUGGAAAGGGCAUGGGCAUCCACUUCAGAAGCCCAAGGAAGUCUUGUCUACACCAAGGCAUUAUUGGCCUAUGCCUUUGCCCUAACAGGAAACCAGGCCAAGCGAAGUGAGCUGCUUCAAUCACUGGACAAAGAGGCUGUGAAAGAAGGGGACUCAAUCCACUGGCAAUGCCCUGGGAAACUUCAAGAAGCUGAGGCAUUCUCCUAUCAACCCCGGGCUCCUUCUGCUGACGUGGAGGUGACAUCCUACGUGCUCCUUGCCCAUCUUACCGCCCAGCCCGCCCCAUCUUCAGAAGAUCUGUCUGUCGCUUCACGUAUUGUGAAAUGGAUCGCCAAGCAACAAAACCCCACUGGGGGCUUCUCCUCCACUCAGGAUACGGUGGUAGCUCUUCAAGGCCUCUCCAAAUAUGGAGCAGCAACUUUCACUAAAAGGGAGAACGCAGCUACAGUCACCGUCAAGUCUUCAUAGACCUUCUCAGAAGAAUUUCAAGUAGACGAUGCCAAUCGCCUAUUGCUGCAGGAGGUUGCGCUGCCAGAGAUUCCAGGGGAGUACAGCACAACAGUGUCAGGGUCAGGAUGUGUGUAUCUCCAGACAUCUCUGAGAUAUAACAUCCUGCCCAAGAAAGAAGGGAAAGUUCCCUUUGCUCUGAAUGUUGAAACUCUUCCCAAGAAUUGUAAUGGAGUAGAUGCUCACAGGAAAUUCAAGAUUCACAUCAACAUUAGUUACACUGGAGAACGACCCAGCUCCAACAUGGUCAUUGUUGAUGUAAAGAUGGUGUCCGGCUUCAUACCUGUGAAACCAUCAGUGAAAAAGCUCCAAGAAAGGCCUCAGAUUCAAAGGACUAAAGUGAGCACCAGCCAUGUCCUGAUUUACUUCGAGGAGCUAACCAAACAAGCCUUGAGUUUCUCCUUCUUGGUGGAACAAGACAUCCAAGUAGAUAAUUUAAAACCAGCUACAGUAAAAGCCUAUGAUUAUUAUGAGACAGAGGAGUUCACCAUUGAAGAAUACAGUGCUCCAUGCAGUGCUGGUAAAGUAGAAACAGAAAUCUAA